AUGGCAAGUGAAAUUUGGUUAUCAAAAUGGAAUCCAUCUCAAUGUCCAGUUCCAUAUCCAUCCGACCAGAAAAAGGUUAGGGAAUUCAUUAAAAUGAAAUAUGUCGAUAAGAAAUGGAUAAAAGAUAAUGUUAAUGUCAAUGAUGUUGUAUCUACAUCUAAACCAACACCUGGCUCAACCCCAUCAUUCACAUCACCAUCACAAAAACCUGUAGUUAGUAAUCAAGCCACAUCACCAACUAGAAAUAGCAAUGAAAAUAAAAAUGUUUUAGACUCUAAAGGCUCAUUAUCUAAGGAGUUUGAAACCUUAUCAUUAGGUAAUACAAGUGACUUAUUACAACAACAUCAGCAACAUAUUCUAAAUAGCAGUGGCAAUAGUGUCAUUCAACAAAAUCAACAAAAUCAACAAAAUCAACAAAAUCAACAAAAUCAACAAAAUCAACAUCAAAAUCAACAGCAUAAUAUCAACAAUACUAAUAAUGCCUCUGCAUCUACCAAUGCAUCCCAAGCUCCUCAGUAUGAUCAAAGUGGCAAACCAUUCAACCCAUUUAGGGGUGAAAAUGAAUAUUUUAACUCAAAACCACCAAGUCAAACAGAAAACAAACAAUCUUUCCCGCCAUUUAGUGAUAGACCAUUUGACCAACAUAGUUAUUUAAAUGAAAAAACCACAAAUACCAAUAACAACAAUAACAAUGGAUCUUUCUAUUCAAAAAUUCAACUACAAACUGCAACCCCAAAACCACCUCCAACAAGCAUUUAUGAUAGCCCACCAUACCAGCAAAAACAAAAUAGCAAUCAAAUGAAUAAUAAUCAAAUAAAUAAUAAUAUGAAUAAUAAUAUGAAUAAUAAUAUGAACAACAAUAUGAACAAUAAUAUGAACAAUAAUAUGAAUAAUAUGGGCAACAUGAACAAUAUGAACAAUCAAAUGAUGACCAACAAUCAAAUGAUGGGAAAUAAUCAAAUGAUGGGAAACAAUCAAAUGAUGGCCAAUAAUCAAAUGAUAAAUAAUCAACAAUUCAAUCCAUUUUUAGAAAACCAACAACAAAUGAUGAAUAAUAGUAACAAUCAACUUAUGGUAUUAAAUGAUCAACAACAAAACCAACAACAACAACAUCAAAACCAACAAAUGAUGAAUAACAAUCAAUUAUCUUUACAACCACAACAACAAAUGAUGAACUAUAACCAACAGUCUGUUGAAUCACAACAACAACAACCACAACCAAAUAGUCAAAAUCCUUUUGUUAAUGACCAAAUUAUUCUUCAACAUCAACAAAUGCAUCAACAAAAUAUGCAACAACAAUAUCAACAACAACAACAACAGCAACAACAAUAUCAAAUGGUUAAUGGCCAAAUGGUUCCACUACAACCACCAUCAACAACUACUACCACUACCAUUACACACACUCCACUUGGUAACCCAUUCGAUUCACAACAACCACUAGAUGAAAUGUUUGGUAAAAAGAUUAGUAGUGAUCCCGUUUUCCCAGCUUCACGUUCAACUUUUGAAAGCGGUAAUAGUCUUGAUAGAGCAGAUGAAGAUCAAAAACGUGCAUGGAGAGAUAUUCAAGAAAAAAAUAUUCAAAUACAAAAUGAUAGAGAAAUUGCAAAGAAACUACAAAGAGAGGAAGAAGAUAUAGCCAAGCAUAAUACUGAAACCGAGUUACGUAAACAACAAACUAGACCAAGAAGCAAUACCGAGCCAUCACGUAGACCCCAACAACCUCAACCAUAUUCAUCAUACCAAGAUAGCUACCACAACCCACCACCAAUGCCAUUAAGCUCAUAUAACAGUAGUAGCCGUUCAGGAGGUAUUUUAAAGAAGCUCUCUGGAAGAUCUAGAAGCAAAUCCUAUGACUAUGAUGAUCCAUUUGAACUUCCACCACAAAGAACAACCUAUAAUCCAAAUGAUUAUGACGACUAUGAUUCAUUUAUGAGAAAGAAUAAACGUAUUCCAGGAGGUGGCGAAAACUAUCAACCUAAAUUUAAUCAUCAUCAACAACAUCAUCAACACCAGCAUCAACAUCAACAUCAACACCAACAUCAACAACACAAUGACAACUAUAACCAACAAAUAGUAGUUCGUAACAACUCAAAUAAAUCAUUCAGCGAAUGUGAUUUUUGUGGUAAAGAAGUUGGGUUAGAUCUAAUGAGCUACCACAAAAACACUGAAUGUAUAUUAAGACAAGAAAGAUGUAACUAUUGUAAUAAAUUGGUUAAAUAUAUUCAAAUGAAUGAACAUCAAAGUGAAUGUGAAACCAAAACCUAUACCUGUGGUGUAUGUGGAAGACUUGUAUUAGGUAGAGAAAUGCCAGGUCAUAUGUCAGCAGUUCAUCAUCAAUAG